CUUGUUGUUAGCUGUCCGAUUUUAAUGCAAUAAAAUAAAUAGAUUUAAAAUAAGAGAACAAUGUUAUUCAUAUAAUCUCGGUAGGCACCUAAUCCAGUCAUUAGCAAAGAGAGUAAAAAAAACAUUGAAAAUGGGUCACCACGUGAGCGCACUUGUCUCGAGUUUGGGAAGAUUUUUCGAAUAUCCUGUAAAAAGGAAACCCAUCUGUUUCUAUAGGCAGGAAGAUUUCACGGCCACAGGAGAACCUCAGAGGAAAGUUUCGGAUGUCCAAAAGGUAGCCAUGACUGACUACGAUAAGUUAGUCGACCAGUUCUACAAGAGGCUAGCAGAACAGCGCCAGUAUAACCAAGAGAUGAAGGAGCAGGAUCGUCGGUGGAGCAUUCAGAAAGUGGUGCGUCGCUUCCCCGGCUGGAACGAGGUCACCAUCGCCAACCUGCACAGCCUGUUCCUGCUCUUCGACAACCAGUCCAAUGGGAUGCUUGGAUUUGAUGAUUUUUGUGCCGUUUUAGAGAGCUUGGGAGACGAAACUUCUAUGGAGUUUAGAAAAGAAAGGUUCAACUUGGCUGACACUGAUAACGACGGUUGGGUCACUUACGAUGAAUUUUUAUCGCUAGUAUACAACUUCAGUCCACAAGCGGAGGGCGGCGAGCUGGGCGGCCUGGCGCAGCUCUGCAACGAGGUCGCCGACAACAUACAGUUCGUCAGCAACUUGACUGUGGGCGAGCAGCUCGAGUAUGGGUUGUUUUGAAUAAAACACGUUAUCAAGUU